ACCAGACUGCUUGACUGGCACUGGAUGGUCAUUUGAACCUUCGAUCCGUGAAUGUGAAUCUUUGCAUAUUGAUCCGUGAAGGUUCUGUCUUGCUGGUUGCAGGCCUCAAUUCACUGGCUGUUUGGAUAUCACAUUUGGGUUUCUGAUGAUCUGGCUUGGAUCACCCGAUGGAUAAACUGUGAUCUUGUCAUCCUUUCUUCUAUAGUCGUUGUUACAGCCUAUGGCUGCAUAGUUGUCUACUGCAGAGACUCUUCACCCUGAAAACAACUGCACUACAGCAGUGCCAACAAUAUGCAGAAACAAGUGGAGGUCCGGAUGCACGAGAGUGACCUUGAACCUCCAGUUCCUCCACCUGAGCCAGCAUGUGGAGGCCUCUGCGACAAAAUCAUGAAGAACUUGCUUCUGACACUCACAGUUCUUGGUGUGAUCAUAGGUUCAGUAGCUGGUGUUCUUCUGCGAUAUGCAUCUCCGCUCCCUGCUGAUGUCAUCAUGAUCAUUGCCUUUCCUGGUGAUAUUCUCAUGAGAAUGCUGAAAAUGCUGAUUUUGCCUCUAAUCAUCUCCAGUUUAAUCACAGGGCUGGCUGGGUUAGACGCCAAAUCUAGCGGUCGUCUCGGCACAAGAGCCAUGGUGUACUACAUGACUACAACCAUCAUCGCUGCUAUCCUGGGCGUGAUUUUGGUGCUGGCGAUCCACCCUGGCAACCCCAAGCUGAAAGCAAACCUAGGAGAAGGGAAGAAGAAUGAUGAAGUUUCCAGUUUAGAUGCCUUUUUUGAUCUCAUCAGAAACCUCUUUCCAGAGAAUUUGGUGCAGGCUUGCUUCCAGCAGAUCCAGACUGUUUCAAAUAAAGUAGAAGUAGCUCCGCCUCCUCAUCCAAAUCGAUUCGGACGAAAUGCCACGAAGGGUGCAGCUAAAUAUGUCAUCAAGAAAUCUCUUCAGUUCAAGAGCGGCAUGAAUGUGUUAGGUCUUAUUGGCUUCUUUGUGGCGUUUGGAAUCUGCAUGGGAAAAAUGGGCGAGAGGGCCAGGCUGAUGCUGGACUUCUUCAAUGUCCUCAAUGAAAUUGUAAUGAGGCUGGUCGGCAUGAUCAUGUGGUAUUCCCCUGUGGGCAUUGCAUGCCUGAUCUGCGGAAAGAUUAUUUCCAUUAAUGAUCUGGAGAUGGUGGCCCGGCAACUGGGGAUGUACAUGAUCACUGUCAUCGUGGGCCUCAUCAUCCAUGGAGGCAUUUUCCUUCCAUUGAUUUAUUUCAUCAUCGUCCGGAAAAACCCUUUCAAAUUUUUUAUGGGAGUAUUCCAGGCCUGGGUCACUGCCUUAGGAACAGCCUCCAGUGCUGGCACGUUGCCUGUUACCUUUCGUUGCCUGGAGGAAAAUCUAGGCAUUGAUAAGAGAGUAACCCGGUUUGUCCUUCCUGUUGGUGCAACUAUCAACAUGGACGGUACAGCCCUUUAUGAGGCAGUGGCAGCCAUCUUCAUUGCACAGAUGAAUGGAGUUCAGCUUGACCCUGGUCAGAUUAUUACAGUCAGCCUGACAGCCACUCUAGCUAGUGUAGGAGCCGCCAGUAUUCCCAGUGCUGGUUUGGUCACCAUGCUUCUGAUCUUGACUGCUGUGGGACUGCCAACCCAAGACAUCAGUUUACUGGUGGCAGUCGACUGGCUAUUGGAUCGUUUCCGAACAUCUGUCAAUGUUGUUGGAGACUCGUAUGGGGCAGGCAUUGUGUACCACCUUUCCAAAGAUGAGCUGGACAUGUUUGAUGCCCAGCAGAAGGCAGAUGACUUUGAGAUGACGAAGACACAAUCCUUCUAUGAGAAUAACACUAACCAUGGCGUAUAUGUGUCACGCAACUCCUGUCCACAAGUCCUGAUAGAUGACUGCAAGGUAACCUUGGCCCCAAAUGGUUCCCCUGCGGAGUUCUCUCUUGUUGAGGAGGAACCUUGGAUACAAGAGUAACACAGCACACAGAUCCAGCUCCGCCUUAUCCCGAGUCCCGCAAGCUUAUUCAUCCUGGUGAAAACAAACGAACAAAUGCAAACUUUUACACGUACAGUACUAACCAAAGACAUCAAAGAACUAUUUUCUCAUGCACAAGAAUGGACAAUCGCAGUCGUUUCCACAUGGCAGAGAAUGUAGCUUGGAGCCCUUUAUGCGCUCAGUGGCUUAGCCGGGUAAGGGAAGGGCUAACACUUGGGCUACAUUUUGAGCCUUACCUGUGGGUGAAAGCCCUCUCAGAGCGAAAGCACACACGACCUUCCAAUUCCAGGUUGAUAAAAGAGCUUUGUAUGACUAUAAUGGACAGGUGAGCGUAGCAGUGAAUGUGUGCUGUGGUCAGGUGGCCUUGCAUGUUCUUUUAUUUUUUUAUUUCUUGUAAGGGGUUACCGUAAUGGUAAAAGUGGGUUCUAACCAUAGCUCCACACAUUGCUCAUGAUACACUCAGUGGUAAACAUUUAAGGCCUUUGGGUUACAGUUUGUCUCUCUGAAGCCUGCUGCUUUCCAAUAACGCACCAAUUCAAAGAGGUUUCCCAAAGUUCCUUCUAUAGUCCAUCUUGUAGUAAACGCAGUCACUAUAGAUUUCGCAUCCACCAUAGCUGUAGAUCAGCUUGACCAAACUUCAGUGCACCAACCUUCAUUUCUGGUGGGAGGUCAAGGGAAGCGCAGCUUGUUUGCAGGAGCUCCCUUUGACUGGCUUGGCUUAGGUGGAUUAACCCUUGGUGGCAGCACUCAAGAUCAGCCUCUUACCAUAAGAGCUUCCCAACAUGCUUAGAGGCUCUGAAAUGGCGUCAAGUUUUGCUUCCAAGUGCUGGUGCUUAUUUUUAGCUGCUGGCCGACGCAAAUGCCACCUAAGCCAUUAAAUAGUCAGAACAAACAGGCUGACAUUGAGAUGAGUGGUGUGGUCCAUGAGGGCAGCUUUGUGAUUAUUCAGAGGCUCUGGAACAUGGAGCGGAGCAAAACAGAACAAAACAACAUUGAUCACAGUUUGCUUUAUAACACAUAACCACACCAAUAACACGUCAUUGCAGAUGUCAUAUGCCGUUAUAAUGGAUUUCUUUCAGUAAUUUAUCAGUGUCAUGUUACCAUUAGGUAACGGUAGUCUUGACAGAUGUCAUGUUUGAUAUUAUGACAGCUAAGUGAUAGCAUCAUGACCGUUACCAGUACUGAUAACAUAACAGCUAUCUGGUAACACUUUAAGGGUGUCGAUAUAAUACCUUUAUAAUAUCUUACAUAAACGCUUCAUAACAUGUUCAUGAAUGUUCAAAUCAAUAUUCAUAAAGUAUACAUGUUUUACAUGAUAUUAAAAUGGACUACUGGGUCAUUUUACUGAGACACUUCUUUCCAAAUAAAAGUUUCUUAAUUCUGGACAGCCAAAAUAAAAAUGACCUCGCUUUGGUUUGGUCAUUAAGUGCUUUGACACUUACUUAAUGGCACAUUUUGUCCAUAGUUUCAAUUUAUUUCAUUACUUGCUUUUUCUUAAGCAUUUGUUUUUUACAUGCUACUUUACUAUAUGGACAGUAAUUCUUAGUAUGGUGCUAGAGUCAUUGCAUGAAAAAAUUAAAAAGGCCAUAAUAUUAAUCUAUUCCCUGUAGAUGCUGGAUAGCCACAUGAAUAUAAAUAGACUGCUUUCCAUUGCAAUUUAAAGAUCCACAUAACAUACACUUCAGUCAGGUUAACGUCCAUCACUUUUAACCUCUUAUUCUCCAGGGUAAAUUUUGGUUUAUCCAUUUGGCUUUACAUGACCAAAUCUUAAGGCAAAUUAUUUAGUAACUGCAUGAA